AGCGUUGUUUUCAUGGUUAAAUAAAUUUGUCGAACCAUGAACCCAAAACCAUUCCGGUCCAGUUCGGUUAUCUCUGAAUCCACAACUCAAAUGGUGCAAGGCGUGACAAUGCCUUGUACAAGCUUUCAGAAACACGAUGAAAUUGGCGUCGAGCUUGUUUCCCAAUCAAUGGCGACUCUUAGCAUCAUCACCACAGCUUUAUCUACAAUCUUUCAUCUUCUCGUCAGCCUCCACUUCAAAGUCUCCAACUUUGCGUCAAUAUCGGAAUCUUCAGACAGCUGUUUCUCCAGUCGUCACUUCGAGUUACUUGCCCACUUCCUACAUCACUCAGAAGCAGAUUGAAACCCCUACCUCCCCGGAAAAGCAAGGGCCUCCAGUGCAGGAGAGUUUGGGGGCUUUUCAAAAACUCCCCAUGGUGAUGCCAUCUAUUGAUUUGUACUCUUCUGCUCUCAGGAAGUCCAAAAGAGUCCAACCAACUAAAGGCAUAGCUAAUAUUGCAAAGAGGGAAAGAAACAGAGGUGCUAAACAGCUUGAUGCAUUCAUGAAAGAACUGGCUUUACCUUUAAAAGGAUACAUGGAGAGUUUUCCAAGGAGGAGACUGUUGCAUCCUUAUGAGCGGUCUCUUAUUGAGUUGACACUUGGUGAUGGAAAAUACGAGGAGGUGUUAGGAAAAGUUGAUGCUCUGAGGAAGAAGGUGUUGUCUGUUGGAAAGGAACAUGCUUCUCUCUGUGCUAAGGCAUUAUCAAAGCGAGAAGCAGAGGAUCGGUUGAGCGAAGGUGUGGAGAAGCUUGAAUUGGUCUUCCAGCAAGAAGGAAGAGCUGUUGAUGAUUUGUUAAGCAUAGCAAAGGUUUUGAGGGCUAUGCCAGUUGUUGACUUGGAAAUGCCAACCCUUUGCCUUGUCGGAGCACCAAACGUGGGGAAAUCAUCGUUGGUUCGCAUUCUUUCAACAGGGAAGCCAGAGAUUUGCAACUAUCCUUUCACAACCAGAGGGAUUCUGAUGGGCCAUGUCAUUUUGAACUACCAACGGUUUCAGGUGACAGACACCCCUGGACUUCUCAGGAGAUGUGAUGAGGAUAGGAACAAUCUAGAGAAGCUAACUCUUGCUGUACUCACUCAUCUUCCAACCGCGGUUCUAUAUGUUCAUGAUCUUACUGGAGAGUGUGGGACUUCACCUUCUGACCAGUUUAGGAUAUAUAAAGAAAUAAAAGAAAGGUUUAAGGAUUACCUGUGGAUUGAUGUUGUGUCCAAAUGCGACCUGCUUGGAGGCGGCUCUCAGGUGAUUUAUGCCAAAGAAGAUAGAAGCAAUGAUGAAGAAGAAAUCAUUAAGUACAGGGAAACAGGGCCUGAUGAAUCAUUUCAUGUCUCAGUGAAAACAGAACAAGGUCUCAGUGAGCUAAAGAGCAAAGUAAAGGAAGUGCUGAGUAAUGAGAUGGAGAAGAUCAAAAGUGGAGUGGGAGUUGAUCCAAGUGUUGCUAGUUCUUAGGUAGAUAGAGCCAUAGAGGUUUUACCUUUUUACUAAAAUCCAUUUUAAGCUUUGUUACUUGUGAAGAUGUAUCUUCUGAAAAAGCAUCAAUUGUUGUUUUAUUAAUAACAGUAUUAAAAGAUUAUACGUCAUAUCAAAAUAUAAAUCAUUGAUGGAUGCUU